AUGCAAAAGAGCAGGAAGAAAGUAGUUGAAUAUCUGGAUAAGGCCUUGGCUGAUAGUGAAAAGGCAAACUCUGAAGACCUGCUAUUUUCCUAUAAGGGAAUUUUGUACCCUCUACUUUUUUGCAACCUUGAAACUUUCCAAGAUCUUGAUUCUUUUGAAGCCAGGAGUGAUGAUGUGAUCCUAGUGGGAUACCCCAAAAAUGGUACUAACUGGCUUGAUCAAAUCCUAAAUCACUUGGAAAUUACAUGCAAACAUACAGAGAAGGAAAUGAAUGAGAGAAUUAAUAUUACAAGUGAAUUUCUACAUCUAGAAUUUGGGGAUCCAGAGAAAUUUAAGAGGAUGAAGGAAUUACCUUUCAGAAGAAUCAUAAUAACACAUCUCCCUCCUCAAGUCCUGCCGAAAUCUAUUUUCAAAAGCAAGGUCAAAAUACUGCUGCUGAUUCGAAAUCUAAAAGACAUCACUGUAUCUUACUUCCAUUUUCAAAAAUAUAUGCCUCCACUUCCCUCCUUCAGCUCAUGGGAUGAGUAUUUUACAGCUUUUAUGCAUGGAAAAUUGUGCUGGGGCUCCUAUUUCGAUUAUUUAGUUGAAUGGAACAAGCAUGGAUAUGAAAAUAUUAUGGCAAUAGCCUAUGAAGAGCUGAAAGAGAAUCAGAAUUUAGGACUGAAAAAAAUAGCUAACUUCUUUGGGUUCUCCCUGAGUGAGGAAGAGAUUCAGACUGUUGUAGAGAAGAGCGGCUUCAAAGCUAUAAAAGAGAAAUCCUCCAAAACUCAUGGAACAUUUGGGAAAAUUAUCUUCUGUAAAGGAAUGGUUGGUGACUGGAAGGACCAUUUUUCUGAAGCUCAGAGUAAAGAAAUGGACAGAAAAUUUGAAGAGUGUUUAGCAGGAACUAAACUGGGAGAAAAGAUGAAAUAUGAGUUGUAUUGCAAGGCCUAA